AUGGUUAAUCAUUCCUCAGAGCAUGAUUCGGAAAUCUUGCAUCUACAACGUGAACAAGUGGAGCUAUGGUUUGAUAUCGCCUUUGAGAGAUACGGAUGGUUGAAUAAACAAAUUCACGGCGAACAUUAUGAAAGCCAGAAAACGAAUGGAAACCAUAAAGAAAAAACGGAAAUUGUACCCAAGGAUUUGAAAUUCGCACCGUAUAAUCGUUCAGAAUCUAAAUAA